AUCCAACAUCAACCAAAUCUCAUCCCUCAAAUUCCUUACAACUUUGAUCCAACAAACAUCCACCGUCAGAUUCCCAAACUUUGACACCUUCUUAGGCUCUUCUACUACACUCGACAACACCAGAUUGCUUUCCUCCAAUCAAAAAAAGGCUGCUGCUUUACACCCUUUCAACUAUGAAAAUCUGAAAACAUUUUCUCUCUCCUCAAAACAAACUUGGAAUUUCGUAAGUCUUGUUUGGUUGUAAUUUUAGUUUUCAGUAAUGGAAAGCAGCAAAAAUGAAGUCACUCCCACUCUUUUUUCCCCUUACAAACUCGGCAAAUUCUCUCUUUCUCACAGGGUGGUAUUGGCGCCGAUGACUAGAUGUAGAGCGAUAAAUGAGAUUCCAAACGAGGCCUUAAAGGAGUAUUACGUUCAGCGAUCAACUCCUGGUGGUUUUUUAAUAUCUGAGGGAACACUCAUUUCUCCUACUGCUCCGGGGUUCCCUCAUUGCCCAGGCAUUUACACCAAUGAACAAGUUGAAGCAUGGAAGAAAGUGGUUGAUGCUGUUCACGCCAAAGGGGCGGUUAUCUUCUGUCAGCUGUGGCAUGUUGGUCGAGCUUCUCACACAGUGUAUCAACCUGGAGGCGAGGCGCCCAUAUCAUCCACAAAUAAGCCAAUAUCAAACAGGUGGAAAAUACUAAUGCCAGACGGAUCUACUGGAAAAUACCCUGUUCCUCGACCCUUGGCUUCUGAUGAAAUACCUGAGAUUGUUGAGCAUUAUCGCCAGGCUGCCAUGAAUGCUAUUCGAGCAGGUUUUGAUGGGGUGGAGAUCCAUGGGGCUCAUGGCUACCUCAUAGACCAAUUCCUAAAAGAUGGGAUUAACGAUCGCACAGAUGAGUAUGGUGGGUCCUUUGCUAACCGGUGUAGAUUCUUAGUACAAGUGGUUCGUGCAGUGGCUACAGCCAUUGGAGCUGGUAGAGUUGCUAUAAGGAUCUCACCAGCAAUCGACCACCUUGAUGCUUCAGAUUCUAACCCUCUCGCACUUGGCCUAGCUGUGGUCAACUCUCUCAACAAACUCCAACUAGAUUUGAACUCACAGUUUACUUACCUUCAUGUAACUCAGCCUCGAUAUGCUGCGUAUGGCCAAACUGAGUCAGCUAGACAAGGGAGCGAAGAAGAGGAAGCUCACCUUGUUCGGACUCUAAAGAAAGCAUAUCGAGGGUCUUUUAUGUGCAGCGGAGGGUACACUCGGGAACUUGGGAUGGAGGCUGUGGCUCAAGGGGAUGCUGAUUUAGUUUCUUAUGGUAGGCUUUUCAUAUCGAAUCCUGAUUUGGUUCAGAGAUUUCUGGUUAAUGCACCCUUGAAUAGGUAUGUUCGGAAAACAUUCUAUACUCAGGAUCCUGUUGUGGGUUACACUGAUUACCCCUUUCUAGGUAAGGAUAGCUCUAGUAAAGUAUUGGCUCGCCUAUAAUGAAACUCUGAUAUUGUAUGAUAAUUUGACGACUUGCAUAUGGAAAGUUAUGCAGACCAAAUAAAGCUUAUAUGAGCUCAUGUUGCUUGCCUUCUGAAA